AUGGCGCAGUCAAAGUAUGAAACCACCCGAGUGAAAGUGGAUCCGACGAUAGGCGUCAUUGAUCUGCAAAAGGUUUUGAAGAAGCAUGUGGACAAUGCCCAAGACAAGGAUAUUUGGAAUAUUCUGAAGCAUCCCACCGGUGCUCCCUUCUCUUGGAAGACGGCGGUAUGUAUUCCGUGGAUCGCUCAGGCAGCCUAUCUCCUCGUAGAUUUCCUCCAGGUAGCCCCGAACUGCGUUCUGCCUGCGGCGAAGCUUCGCACGAGUUUGAAGCGGUUGGUGGUUGCGUGUACGGAGAAAACCAAGAAAGUGAACCGCACGAACUAUGCUACAGAUGAUUUCGUGGACCAGAUCGACAGCAGAAUUCGCAUCCUGCUAAGCCAAGUCCGGUGUUUGAAGAAGCAGGACGAGUACGUGAGAGCAGUGCGGACAGCCACGGAGUCGGAAAAGGCAAGGAUCGACAUGGUGUUGUCUCAUGUGUUCUCCGAGAAGGAGAACACGGUUGGGGCAAGCUCCAGCGGCCAAGCGACUGGUCUGGAGAUAGUUCCUUAUAGACCUCCAGAGAUGCGGAGCGAGGGCAUUUUUGGAAGAAUCUUGGCGAAGCAGGAUAGCAGCCCACGGCCCUUGAAGAAAGCUAGCCUGGUGAUGGGGCCUGGAAGUCCCGUCAAGAUUUGGAGGGGAGCCGCGAAGAUCUGCAGUCCGAAAGCUUCUGCGAGGGCGGCUGAGGACCCCACGGUGUUCGGGAGGCCUUUGAUGGUUGGAGAUUUGGGAAGCAGCUCCAGCGAGGAAGGUGCUUCACAAGCUGCUGCCUCCAGCUCUAGCAGGCCGGUCAGGAAGGUGGCCCCAAAGGCAGAGGCUCUGGUGAAGCCUUUGGUGUCAGAAGCUGCCUCGUAUGGCUUGGAUGCUGGAGAUCUGGACAUCAUGAAGCAGGCGAGCGCGAAGGGCGCUUACAAGUGCAGUUUCAAGAAACGAAAGACCUCCGCUGUCUACCAUAAGGAGCACACACUGAGGCUCAGGUUGGGCGACUCCCCGCAGACUGCGAAGAAGAAGGCCAGAGCUGCCAUGGCAGAGGUUGCAUCCAAGAUAGAUGCCGGUAUCAUCACUGAGCAUGGCUCCUAG